CCAAUCUCACAGAACCUGAACCCACUGCUGAUUUUUUUGAGGAAGAAAUACGCAGUGAAGAAUCAGCCACCCAGACGGUCGAAACACUGGACCGUUCUCAGGACCCCGGUCGACCGUUGCUCCAAUCCAAUCCAGAAAACCCUACAACAUCAGAACCAAACAGCCAACCCAAUGACCCAGUCCAACCUUCUUCUGCCCUUGAUAACCAAACCCUUCCAACCCAAGACACUUUGCGCCGAAGUGAAAGAGAACGUCGUCCUCCUUCGCGAAUGCGUGACUUUGUCACUCACACCAUUCAACGUCCCUCUCCUGAUUCACUCAAACCAACAACACCUUCAGACUAAUCCUCCCUCUGGUGUGAACCCAAAAUUUCCAGGUUUCUUGACCUCAUUUUCAAUGGCAUUGUUCAAACUCAGAUCUUUACCAAUGUGGUUUAAUCUCAAGAAGAAGAAACAGAGAGACGCGGUCGGCGUUUGCUUCAUUUCAUCAUCAAGCUUUGGAGUUAGUGUUGAAUGAACGAAAAGGAGAAAGGGGAAAUGUGGAAUCUGAGGAAUGAAGCCGUCGGUCCGUUUAAGCGCAUAUUCUUAUGUAACUCCAAUCUUACAAUGGAAUUUGCCAUAGAUGAAUGAAUCCUUGUUUGUUAC